UGUUUGUUUGAUGGUGUCGUAUCAAUCUGUUUAGUUGUCUGUGUGUCUGUCUAUUUGUGUGUCCAUCUGUUUGUCUUUGUUUGUGUGUUUGUCUGUGUGUCCGUCUGUUUGUGUGUCCGUCUGUUUGUGUGUCUAUCUGUUUGUCUGUUUGUUUGUCUGUUUGUCUGUUUGUCUGUGUGUCUGUCUAUUUGUGUGUCCGUCUGUUUGUGUGUUCAUCUGUUUGUCUUUGUCUGUUUGUGUGUUUGUCUGUUUGUGUGUUUGUCUGUUUGUGUGUUUGUCUGUGUGUCUGUCUAUUUGUGUGCCAUCUGUUUGUGUGUCCAUCUGUUUGUCUUUGUCUGUUUUUUUUGUUUGUCUGUUCGUGUGUUUGUGUGUGUGUCUGUCAGUUUGUGUGUCCGUCUGUUUGUAUGUCCGUCUGUUUGUGUGUCUAUCUGUUUGUCUUUGUCUGUUUGUGUGUUUGUCUGUGUGUUUGUCUGUGUGUUCAUGUGUUUGUCUGUGUGUUCAUGUGUUUGUGUGUCCAUCUGUUUGUCUCUGUCUGUCUCUUUGUUUGUCUGUUCGUGUGUUUGUGUGUGUGUCUGUCAGUUUGUGUGUCCGUCUGUUUGUAUGUCCGUCUGUUUGUGUGUCUAUCUGUUUGUCUUUGUCUGUUUGUGUGUUUGUCUGUGUGUUUGUCUGUGUGUUCAUGUGUUUGUGUGUCCAUCUGUUUGUCUCUGUCUGUCUCUUUGUUUGUCUGUUUGUGUGUUUGUCUGUGUGUCUGUCAGUUUGUGUGUCUGUCUGUUUGUGUGUCUGUCUGUUUGUGUGUCUGUCUGUUUGUGUGUCCAUCUGUUUGUGUGUCUAUCUGUUUGUCUUUGUCUGUUUGUUUGUUUGUCUGUUUGUCUGUGUUUCUGUCUAUUUGUGUGUCCGUCUGUUUGUGUGUCUAUCUGUUUGUGUGUCCAUCUGUUUGUCUGUCUAUUUAUGUGUCCAUUUGUUUGUGUCCAUCUGUUUGUUUUUGUCUGUUUGUGUGUUUGUUUGUGUGUUUGUUUGUGUGUCUGUCAGUUUGUGUGUCCGUCUGUUUGUGUGUUCGUCUGUUUGUGUGUCCAUCUGUUUGUGUUUCCAUCUGUUUGUCUUUGUCUGUUUGUUUGUUUGUCUAUUUGUGUGUUUGUCUGUGUGUCUGUCAGUCUGUGCAUCCGUCUGUUUGUGUGUCCAUCUGUUUGUCUAUUUGUUUGUUUGUUUGUCUGUGUGUCUGUCAGUUUGUGUGUCCAUCUGUCAACCUGUUUGUCUGUUUGUCUCUGUCUAUUCGUUCGUUUGUCUUUUUGUCUGUUUGUUUGUGUGUACGUCUGUUUGUGUGUUCGUCUGUGUCUCUGUCCGUUCGUUUGCCUGUUUUGUUUGUCUGUUUUGUUUGUCUGUCUGUGUCCAUCUGUUUGUGUGUGUGUGUGUGUGUGUGUGUGUGUGUGUGUGUGUGUGUGUGUGUGUGUGUGUGUGUGUGUGUGUCUGUUUGACUGUCUCUCUGUCUCUCUCUGUCUAUCUAUUUGUUUGUUUGUGUCUGUGUACACAAAUGUAUUACACUCUUUGUAUUAUACAUCCACAAAUGUCUAACCCUGCCCAUCCACACUAUACUACCUUACACGAGAGAUCACGUGUAUUU